UACCCAUCUCCCUCUUCUUCCCAAUCUCUCAAGUCUUCUUUGAAUCAUCUCAAACCACCCAGGGUUUGUGGAUUUGAGAUUCCUUUUCAUUUCCUUUUCUUUUUCAAGCCCUUUUCUUUUUUUCAAUUCCCAUUUUCUUGUUUCCUCUAUGACCAUAGAUUUCAAGUUCACGGGCUUUGUUGUAUUCCAUAUUUUUAGAAAUUUUUGUUGGGAUUUUUGAUGAAUUCUUAGAGAAACCCAGAUUUUGGAUGCUCCAUGGGACGAAUGAUUGAAGGAUGUAAUUUUUGAUGAAUUUUUGUUUCAUAUACUCGAUUUCUUGUCAUCCAUACACAUUUUAUUUUCGUAGUAUUGAGGCCCAGCAUUGCCUUCGUUGUUUUUAUAUCGUGGAGCCUGCUUGUGAAGUCAUCACUGCAUUAUCUGGCUGUCUAGAAUCUCGACUUAUUGUAAAUCCUCAUUUUCUUGAUUAAUACUGUUAUAUAAAAACCUCUCUGCAGCUAUGAUUUCUCUUGCAUUGUUCUAUGCUUAUAUGACACUGUCGAUUUCUAAUGCCCUAAUGGUCAUCUCAGGAGUGUGGACUGAGGUGGAGUCUUUAACUCUAUGUCUUCCUUAAAAAAGGUCUCUAAGGAUUAGUCCUUCCAGACACAUUAUCGUAGAGGUUAUUGAUUUUUUUUUAAAAAACCCCUUAAAGAUUUGUUGCAGAUGCAGGAAAGCACUAAAUUUGAUUACUGUUACUGUCUUGACAAUUCCAACCUUUUUUAUGUCUUUAUAUGAUGAUCAAAGAGUGUCUGUCUUAUUUUUAGAUUAUCAUUUAUUUUUUUGGGACCUUUGUGGCCCAUAGCCUUUAUCUUUUUUUAUUGAAUGAAGAUAUUUGAAUGGGAUUCUAAAGCUUCAGGGAACCAGAAAGCAGGCCGAUUUCGUUGUAUCUCUUUUGUGAAUAUAAUUGCAGAUUAUUAUGAAUGAUUCCACAGUUUUGGUCAAAUUGCAUGUAGUGUGAGUUGGGUUGCUGUUUUCUCUAGAUGGCAAGGAGCCCGAGUCCUGAGAUAGAUGAUGAACUUUUUAAUGAAGUUUAUGGAAAGGAGUAUACUGGGCCACCUCGAUCAACUGCCAAUAAUAUGUCAGCAAAGGCAAAUACAAACAAGAGGCCUUCUUCUGGUAGUCAAUCUGAUGAGGAAGAUGAGUCUCAAGAUCCUAAUGCUGUUCCUACUGAUUUUACCAGCAGAGAGGCUAAGGUAUGGGAGGCUAAAGCAAAAGCAACUGAGAGGAACUGGAAGAAAAGAAAAGAAGAAGAAAUGAUCUGUAAGAUUUGUGGAGAAUCAGGUCAUUUUACUCAGGGAUGUCCGUCUACUCUUGGAGCAAACCGUAAAUCUGCAGAUUUUUUUGAAAGGGUGCCUGCAAGAGACAAGAAUGUAAGAACCCUUUUCUCUGAAAAGGUGAUAACUCAAAUUGAAAGAGAUAUUGGUUGUAAGAUAAAAAUGGAUGAAAAGUUUUUGAUUGUUAGUGGGAAAGAUAGGCUUAUACUGGCUAAAGGUGUAGAUGCUGUGCACAAAGUCAUUCAGGAGGCUAAGGGUCAAAGGAGAAGCCCUGCUAGUUCAGACAGGAUGCGAUCCAGAUCCCCUGAUGAAGUCCCCAGGGGUUCUGAUCUAAGACGUUCUGAAUCUCAAAGGUCUCAUUCUAGUCCGAGAAAUAUGUCACGAUUUCAGAGCAGGGGUUUCAACAAGGACAGAUAUGUUCAUGAUCGUGUAUGUGAAAAUCCACAGAAAUUUUCAAGGGGUUUUUCAGAAGCUUAUGCUAAUGGAGGAGGAAAAGGCCGUCCAGCCCGUUCAAAAUCUCCACUGCGCCCUGCUUUCGGUGGUGAUGCAUAUAGACCAUAUGAUGGGCACAGUUAUAGUGCUGGGCUGCACAAGAGUAAUAACUGGGAUACUGAGAGGUGUGGAAUAGAUUCUCAUUCUGAACGCAAGUUUGACUUCCCUAAUUACCCAGCAACAUUGGAAGAACUAGAAAUGGAGUUUAAGAGAGGGGUGAUGGAAUUGGCAACGGUCCGUGACCAAGAAGAGGAUGAAGAAAACUACAAACAUCGUGAGUGCAUAAGGGAACUGAGAGAAAAUUAUAUGAAGAAGCUGGCAAGAACGAGGAGUAUGCAUGCAAAGCAGUGGGAAGAAUUUCUUCAAUUUGAUAGACAGAAGUGGCUACAAGGACAACUGACGGCUUAUAACCAGCAGACUUACGCAGAUUGCGAUCAGGCCUCAAGGAACAUGCAGUAUGUUCGAUCUGGUUUACUUGGGGAUUCGAGAAGCAGAUAUCGAUACCAUGGUGAGAACUAUUCAGCUUCAAGGCCUCAUGAUUCUUAUGGUGAGAUGCAGCAUCAGAGGCAUGAAAGUUUUGGGAAGGCAUAUGGGCGAUGUUAACUUGUAUUUGAUCUGUUGGUGAGUUGAUCUAUGCCAUUUUAGCUCUUUCCUUAGUAGGACUAUUUAUCUUUCUAAUUGCUUCCCCCUGUUAGCUAGACCCAGCCUAUCUCUGAGAAGUUGAGGGACCAUUGCUGACUGGCUGUGGCCUUUGGAGGUAAUUUUGGGGAAGCAAAUUCCUUAGAGGCCAGUACAUGUGAACUAAUUUAUGUUCAGAUUUGCUAGAGAAUGAACUUUGAUGGAUAUUCUCGGUUUCCUUCCGCUGGAUUGUACUUUAAACAAUUAACCAAAUUUUCAGGGUGCAUGUAUGGGGAUUCCACACUAAUGCAGGCAGGAUGUUGGUUUCAUGGUAUGUACAUUUCCUCUAUUUUCGAAGUUACCUAACAAGUUGUGCAACAUUCUUAUGAACUGAAGUGUGCAUUUCAGAUGCUUUUUGCGGUAGGAAGAUAAGGUUUGCAUUGGAUAGUAUGUGUAUUUCUACUCUCAUUUGGCAUGGGACAUGGCAUUGUCUCGUCGUAGAUAUGUUAGAUAUAGUUGAAACUGUUGGAUACCAUUUUAUGUUCUUUUUCUUCCUACUCUGUUGAGGGUAGUAGAUUUGAUUUUUAAUUAUCUAUAUCAAUGUGAUUUAUGGGGAUACUAUAUACAAUCAAUUGUUUUUUUUUCUUUGAUAGGUUUUGGUUGAUGCGAUAUUCUCUUGGAUGCCAACCAAUUAAACUCCAGCUGGUCGGCCGGCGCCUUGGAAGUAGUAAAAUAUUGGGGUCAUGUUGGAGUUGGACGUUGUGAACUCUGAGCCCGUUAGAAUGUGAAAUGUGAGAGGCGUGAAGUGGAUACAUGUACUUGAUAUUUUUCUCCUCGAGUUAUAAUGUUCGCUGGAUGUCUAAUCCUGGUGUGUAGAAAGAAGACUUGGUUGUUCAUGCCUCA